AGUUUCGUUACUGAUGAUGAUGAUUACUGAAUACUGAAAGUGAAAUGUCAUGGUCAGGAGAGGAGCUAGCACUCAUGCUUUUAUCCCUUCGGCUAGUUAGUGCUCUUCUAGGCUUCAUCACUUGCUUUGAGAGAGCUUUCUGUCCUCGCCGUCCUCCAAUAAUGCUGUGCCCGCCCCCACUUGUCUUUUCUAGCUGCUUACUGCCAGUCUGAUGAGUGAUCAGUGAUCACCAUUUGUCUCGCUUGCCGCUGCGUGGUGUCCCAAAUGUCCAACUGCAGCAACCUCACGGCCGCGCGCGCACCCGCGCCCGGGGCGCCGCGCGCGCCGCCGUCGCCGCUGGACUACGACGUGGUGGUGAUCCUGGCGGCGAUGCUGUGCGCGCUGGUGUGCGCGCUGGGGCUCAACUCGAUGCUGCAGUGCGUGGUGCGGUGCACCCGCCGCGCCGUGUCCGACCCCGCCGCGUGGGUCGCGCACCGCCGCGCCAACGCCGGGCUCAAACGCGAGGAGGUCGUCGCGCUGCCCGUGGCCACCUACGUCGCCUCGCCGUCGCCGUCUCCGGUCGCGGGGCGCUCUCCGGCACAGCUGCAGCAGCGUCACGCGCCCGCGGGGUGCGCCAUCUGCCUGUCGGACUUCGCUGACGGCGAGAGGAUCCGGGUGCUCCCUGUGUGCGGCCACCGGUUCCACGUCGUGUGCAUCGACAGGUGGCUCGUCUCGCACUGCUCCUGCCCGACGUGCCGCCGCCGCCUCUCCUCCGACUCCGCCGUCGGUGGUCACGACCGCCUGCAAGUUCUGACGGCUGUAUGAUCAAUCGGCGCUGCUUUUUUUCUCGAGAUCAAUGCCUUCCGGCAUAUGCGUAACGUAUCUUCAGUGUUCAGUGUGACUACUACUGCAUGGUCAUCCGGGUAACCUGUAACCUGUUUGAGGCAAACUUUGCCAUCUUGCACGAGAGCUUCUUCCUUUUUUUUUACGCACCACUGUAUGUAUGAGAUAUUGAGAUGUUCACCGCUCCUCUCUGUAACACAUUUACUGCAUUAUAUUGUGACAAAUUUUCCGGAUUAAAUUUAUAUGAGCGAAAAGAGAAGGGAGGGGGAGUGACCCUUGAUUUUCAACAA